AUGCAGCAGAUCAAGGAUGUUCCUCCUUGGACAGGCCCCCAUGUGCAGAGGGAACAAAUAUUCAAUGGCAGCUCCAUGAAUGAGUUCCUCCUCUUGGUGUUUGCAGACACACGGGAGCUGCAGCUCUUGCACUUUUGGCUCUUCCUGGGCAUCUACCUGGCUGCCCUCCUGGGAAAUGGACUCAUCAUCACCGCCGUAGCCUGCGACCACCGCCUCCACACCCCCAUGUACUUCCUCCUCCUCAACCUCUCCCUUAUUGACCUGGGCUGCAUCUCCACCAUUCUCCCUAAAACCAUGGCCAAUUCUCUCUGGAACACCAGGGCCAUUCCCUACUUGGGAUGUGCUGCACAGGUCUUUCUGUUUGCCGCCUUAAUCUCAGCAGAGAUUUACCUUCUCACAGUCAUGGCGUAUGACCGCUACGUGGCCAUCUGCAAACCCUUGCACUAUGGGACCCUCCUGGGCAUCAAAGCUUGUGUCCACAUGGCAGCAGCUGCCUGGGGCAGUGGCUUUCUCAGUGCUGUGCUGCACACGACCAACACAUUUUCCCUAACCCUCUGCCAUGGCAAUGCUGUGGACCAGUUCUUCUGUGAAAUCCCCCAGAUCCUCAAGCUCUCCUGCUCAGACUCAGGCUACCUCAGGGUAGUUGGCCUUCUUGUGGUUGGUGUUUGUUUAGCAUUUGGGUGUUUUGUUUUCAUUGUGGUGUCCUAUAUGCAGAUCUUCAGGGCUGUGCUGAGGAUCCCCUCUCAGCAGGGACGGCACAAAGCCUUUUCCACGUGCCUGCCUCACCUGGUUGUCAUCUCCCUGUUUAUCAGCACUGCCAUGUUUGCCUACCUGAAGCCCCCCUCUAUCUCCUCCCCUUCCCUGGAUCUGGCGGGUUCAGUUCUGUACUCAGUGGUACCUCCAGCAGUGAACCCCCUCAUCUACAGCAUGAGGAACAAGGACCUCAAGGAUGCCUUGAGAAAACUGAUCCAAUGGACUUUGUGCCAUGCACAGAAAUUUUCUACCCCUUCUCUGCAGCACUCCCAGAGUAUAUUUUAG